AAAUAUCAAGGACAUAAUUAUUUAAUGACUAUAAUUGAUAGUCUGCAAAAAUCUUUCAUAGGAUUCUGACUACUUCAAUCACCUUACUUCAAUACAUUAUUUUUCUGAAAUAAUAAAAUGCCAAGUCUUAUCCUGAAAUCCUAAACUUAUAAAGAAUUAAUAGCACACUAAAAUUUGACACAUUUCCUAUGAUGGUUGAUGGUAUCAUGGUUGCAGACAUCCUGUUUUCUGAUCUUAGAUUCCGAAUGGAGUUACUGAGCAGCCACAACAGUUUGGUGUUGAUAUGAUUCCAUUUAUGUGCCAAAUUGGUUCCGGAAGAAGUACAUGCAAAGUGGAUUUUUUUCUUUUUCAUAUAUUCAGACAUAUUUUUCUCACACUAAAGUAGUUUUCUAUUUAAAGGGAUAGUCUUUGAAUCAGUUUGUAACAUGAGUUUCUUAGAGGUAAAAUAAAUGUCUUCAUUACACUUAUUUACAUGCUUCCUGUGGAAAUUCAUUUCUCCAUCCUUCACAUUCCCAACAAAACGUCCAUCUACAUGAAGCACAGCCCCACCAGUUUACAAUCUCUCUGAAUGCACCUUGAUUGUUUUCACUCACGUAUCCCCUAGUGGAAUAGGUCUUAAUCAGAGAGAGGCACAUAUCAGAAUACUCUUGAAAGUUCUUUAAAAAAAAUACACAGGCCUGGACCCCACAUCAAACCUGAAUCAAGAGGGGAGAUUGGAGUGUACAUUUUGGAAACGUUCUCUGGUGAUUCUGAUCAGUUGACCUUUAGUUAAGAGCUGAGAGCUCUUUUCUAGCAGUGCUAAGACAAGUGUUUGAGAAAUGAUUAGUAGAAUGAAUUCUUCUACAAUGUCCUAAAAUCCUCCACAUUUUUGAGGCACAAUUCAAUGCCUCUGUCUGUUCAGCAUCUCUCAUUCUUUUUGUCUAUGCUUAUCUCUAUCCUACUCUCAUUCCUGUCCGUGCUUAUCUCCGCUCUUCCACACUGCUGUUAUUGUUCAAUAGAAUAACCCUCUCUGUUUUAUCCUUCCAUCCAUUUCCUCUAGAAAGAAACCAUGAACUACUUAAGCAUAGGGUCUAUCUUGUAUUUCUUUUUAAUCAUCUUCCUUCACCAUCCAAAAUUUUCCAUAUCACACAUUUUAUUUCCCUUUUAGCACUUCUCACUACCUAAAAUUAUUUUGUGUAUUGUUUCCUUAUUAUGUGUUCCCCCUUAACAGAAAGUAAGGUCAUUAAAAACAAGGACAUUACAACCUAUUCAAAGUUCUAUUCCCAGUGCCUAGAAGAGUAUCUUGUUCUCAAAAUAUAUUGGCUGAGUAAAUGAACGACCUAGAGGAUUCAGUUUUUUGUGUAAAUGUAGUUAACUGUAUAUGACAUUCAGUUUCCAUUGUAGCAAAUCAUCCACUGCCUUCAGUCCCAUCUGCUAAGUUCUUGUUCUACAAAAGCCAUCAUGUUAAGGCUAUAAAGGGCAAAUAAUUUUAUUUUACUAGUAUGCCAAGGCACCCAAUAAGCAAGUUCAUUUAAGGCCUCUUUUUGAAGGAACUGGAAAUCGUAUAUUCUUUAGCAUGAAUACAUUCAAAGGCGAAAAGUAGAAAAUUAUAGACAUCUAAAUGGAGCUAAUCAUUUGUUAAUAAUAUAGAAAAUGUUACUUAUAGAGAAUUUCUUAAUUUUAGUUUGGGGGUUUGUGUGUUGACUCAUAAAAAUGACCAUAGUGUAAUACUUACUCAGACCCUGGCACUAGCUGUAAAAACUCAAGAUCAAUUAUACGAACAAACACAGAAUUAUACUUUUUGUUCUAUAGCACACCUUUUAGCUGACUCAAAGUGAGUUUGCUUCCACUAUACAUAUAAAAUUUUAUCAUGCUCCAGAUACUAGACACCAAAAUGAAUGGUUGGCUAGGGCCAUUUGCCGUUAGAGUUGCUGUUAACCUCAUACUAGAUGAGGAAACCAUCAAGUUAUCAGGAUAAACAAGAGUUGCUUCCUUACUUAGAUUUCUUAAAAUUGUUCCUCCUUGUCUCAGCUUAGCAUGUAAAGAAUCCUACAGUUACGCAGAGUUGGUUUCCUUCUCAUGCGUAUAUUCCAGAAUGCCAUGAGUCAUCAAGGGGUGCUGCCAUUGUGAUGCAAUGGUGAUGACGCCCCAUGUUGCCCUAUGAUGCACCAUAAAAUGUUCAAAAUGGUUAGUCUUAAUGUGAAGUAGGUACAAAGUUCAUGGCUUGAAAAUAUUGAAGGAGAUUAUUUCACUUGCUCUCCGAGCCCGGCCGGGCCUGCGAGCACCGCAGCACAGCCCCGUCUCCGUCUCUCCCAUCCCCCGCCAGCGCGCAGCUCCCGCCGAGUUGCCCCAGAGACCGCGACGCCGCCGCCGAGGGACCAAUGAGAGCCCCGCUGCUGCCGCCGGCGCCGGUGGUGCUGUCGCUCUUGAUCCUCGGCUCAGCCCAUUAUGCUGCUGGAUUGGAUGUCAAUGACACCUACUCUGGAAAAGAGGAACCGUUUUCUGGGGACCACAGUGCUGAUGGGUUUGAGGUGACCUCAGGAAGUGAGAUCUCCCCUGUGAGUGAAAUGCCUUCUAGUAGCGAACUGCCCUUGGGUCUCGACUAUGACUAUGAAGAAGAGUAUGACAACGAACCACAAAUAUCCGGCUAUAUUGUAGACGAUUCCAUCAGAGUUGAGCAGGUAGUUAAGCCCAAGAAAAACAAAACAGAGAGUGAAAAGACUUCAGAUAAACCCAAAAGAAAGAAAAAGGGAGGCAAAAAUGGAAAAAAUAGAAGAAACAAAAAGAAGAAAAAUCCAUGUGAUGCAGAAUUCCAAAAUUUCUGCAUUCAUGGAGAAUGCAAAUAUAUAGAGCACCUGGAAGCAGUAACGUGCCAGUGUCAUCAGGAUUACUUUGGUGAGCGGUGUGGGGAAAAGUCCAUGAAGACUCACAGCAUGGUUGACAGUAAUUUAUCAAAAAUUGCUUUAGCGGCCAUCGCUGCCUUUGUCUCUGCCGUGAGCUUCACAGCUCUUGCUGUUGUUAUUACAAUCCAGCUUCGAAAACGAUACUUCAGGCACUGUGAGGGAGAAGCUGAAGAACGAAAGAAACUUCGACAAGAAAAUGGAAAUGCACAUACCAUAGCAUAACUGAGGGUGGCAGAUCGGAGUCACUGUCAUGUGACAACCAUGAAGAGCUGGUGCCUCUUUUCAGUGGAUCAUAAGAAAACAGAACCUUUUUGUUCUGAUGGUUUUAAACUUUCAAUUGUCACUUUUUAUGCUAAGUCUUAUUUCUGUACAUAAAGCGGCAUGCAGAUAAAAAGUA